CGGUUCUGAUGUAACCCAUUGAUCGUAUCUUACAGGAACUCACGGCACCUACCAAUGAAACCUCAGGACGUCGCGGUGUAGUGAAUGAUUGUAUCAGUAAUCAAAUUCUGAUACACUUGUGGGUUUUGUUCCAAUGUAAAGCCGCCGAGAGGAGCGCGGUGAAUCGCAUAAAGGUCUGAGAGUGCAAGUAAGUCGCAUCGACCCUCAAGACAUACCAUGGCUCCCGUACAGAUUCCCGGUGUCAACGUUCCCCUCCUCACCGGCCCUUUGGUCCUGGGUUAUAUGUGGGGGUAUGGCCUCUUUGGUGUUCUUACUGUGCAAAUGUAUAUCUAUUACAUCCAUUUCAACUCUAAAGACGACUGGAAGAUGAGGCUAUAUGUCUGGUUUAUAUUCCUCCUUGAGCUCAUAUUCACCAUCUUUUCAACCAUUGCUGCAUGGGAUCAGUAUGGUCCGGGGUGGGGUGACGUCGACUCUAUUCUGCUCAUCGAUUGGUCUUGGGAACCACUUCCAUCGCUGAAUGGAACGAUUUCGGCUAUGGUUCAGACUUUCUAUGUCUGGAGAAUAUAUAAUCUGACAAAAAAUAUCUGGAUCUCGUUACUUAUUGAAGUGGUUGCUAUUGUCCAAUGUGUUUUCGCUUGGUAUUUCGGUAUAGCUGUAUCGGUUCAAGGGCUUGGUGUAGAAAAGCUCAUAGGAUUAUCCCCUGAAGUCAGCACAUGGCUUGCCGGAAGUGCUGCCUGUGAUGUGAUGAUUACAUCAACGAUUGUCUUUGUGUUGUAUCGUGCAAAUUCGCGGUCCAACUUCAGUCAGACGACAAGCGCUGUCACGAAAAUCAUCCGUUUCACAGUAGAAACUGGCCUGCUUACUUCUGCUGCGGCUGUAGUAGAGCUGAUUCUGUGGUUAACUCAAUCCGAGUACAACAUACAUUUCAUUGGUUUCCUCGUUCUGGGAAAAUUAUACUCUAACGCUCUGGUUGCUACCUUGAAUUCCAGGGCGCUCAUUUUUGGAUCUGUGCACACUGGUGCUUACACUAGUUCGUCCGGAUCCGCCGGUCCUCACACUUCGAACCCGUUCUGGGACGAGGGGGCAAAAAGUCAAACCCAUUCUAUUGGCACACGAUCUCAGGCAGUGCAUGUCACCAGGACCACCGAAGUUCACGACGAUGAUUCUCACGAAAUGAUCGUGGUAUCGGAUCUGAAGCGGGCAGCUGGUGACGACUUGGAAAUUGGAGCUCAUGGUCAUAAUAACGAUGAAGCAAAAUACGGCGGACAUCGUGUGCAUCUGUAAAUAAAACUGGCUACGGUGACAACAGCAU